UUUCAGUACUGCCAGACAAGCGAGCAGCAGGAAGAAAGAAAGAGAAGGAAAGAAGGGAAGGAAGGACAACGCUCACACCCUCUGUCACCCUCAUCCCCUCUCUCGCUCUUGCCUGCACUCCAGCAGCCAUCAACUGCUGCUGCUGCUGCUGCACCACUAACACAGCAUCGCCUGUUGUUCACUGUACACAGACACAUAAGCGCGCACACACACACAUACACUUAAAAUACACGGACACGCGACAUGUCAUUAAACAAGGCAUCGUUGAUACGCAAGCUGUCGACGCUGUCGACCAGCCAGGACAGCAUCCAAUCGCUCUCGCUCUGGCUGUUCCACUUUUCCAAGCACGCAGACGACAUUGUCAAAGUGUGGCAGCAAGAACUCAAACAAGCGCCGACAAAGCAGAAGCUCAAGUUCAUCUUCUUGGCCAAUGACGUGAUUCUCCAAGGCAGGAAGAAAGGCAUGGCCUACAUCACUGCCUUCCAGCCAGUGCUUCCAACCGUGCUCCCCGAAGUGUACAAGGUGCUUGAUGCAAAGGGCCAACAGCAGCUGAUUCGGGUCAUUUCCAUCUGGCAAGACCGUGCAGCGUAUCCUGUUGAGUUCCUGAAUGAACUGCGCAAGCGCCUCCGCUCAUCACAGCCCGUGGCCAGCGCCAACAGCAGCGGCCCUGCUGUCAGCACAGACGCUUUGCAAGAUGUCGACCUUGGCCAGCCAAUCAAUAAGCGCGAAUUGUUUGGGAAAGUGGAUGCCCACGAGGAGCAGUUUCCUUCGCUCGCCGCGGCCAUGGCCAAGAUUCGAUCCCUCCCACCAGCCGUGUUUGACGACAGGCCAAUCAAGGACAUUACCAGCGUGGGCGACCUGGCGGCGGCAGAGGCGCCCGUGAAGCAAGCGCAGCAGGACGUGACUGCCCUCCUGCAGAGCCUGCGGGCGUUUGUGGCAGAGGGAAACAUCCUCUUGCAGACGGCAGAACGCUGCAUCUUGCAAGAGAAGCAGGCAAUUGCCCGCGCACAGCUCAAAGUCGAGGAGUGCAAGGAGCAAGCGAGGCGGGUGACUGCGGUGCGCAAGAAGCUGAAGGAGCACGUUGAGAACCUGCCGGAUGUGCAUGCGCCGUCUGUCUUGACCUCCGAGGCCCUGCCAGACCCGUCUGACCUCUUCGCCGACGAUGGAGACGACGCAGGGCCGCCGCCAAAGCAGCCAAAGCACGGCACAGGCGCAGCAAGCUCGUGACACAUGACACAUAAGGAGGGUGUCCACCCAGUGUUGAGUUGUUAUUGCUGUCACAUCCUCGAGAACAACUCCCUUCCUUGUUGCCUCUUCUUCUUUCUUCUUCUUCGUAUGUCACAUCACGUCACCCAUCCCAUCUCCCUCACAAGCAUGAUGUUCGACUUGAGCCAUUCAUGCACUGCGUGUGUGUGUGUGUGUUUUAUUUAAUUGAUGACCUCAACUGCGGCGCCCGCCCAUGCCAUGUAAUAAAACAAGCAAGGCAGACACACGAACAACCCAACGUCGUGGCUCGUUCAACACAGCCAGCCAGCCAGCCAACC